AUGUCAAACCGGCAGGCGGAAGGGACGGUGGGCGCGAAGCCAGCCAGCGCAUCUGACAAAGGCAGGAAGUUCGGCGGGGACAGGACGGGAGGCCCGCGGGAAGCCUGCAGGCCAGCCCCGGGCCCGGGAGGGGUCCAGGCGCAGGCCCGAGCGGGGCGGCACGGCACUGCGCGGAGGCGGGUGCUCAGAGGCUGCCGUGCGGUGGUCAGCGAGGCUGAGCCCGCAGGUGGCCGGCCGGGCCCGGGAAGACCCCCGGAAAGGCCCCCGGCGCUUGAAGGCUGCCGGCUGCUUCCCGUGUUCACCAGGAGGCCCAAGCCCCACAUCUCCUGGGUUCUGUGGCGGAAACCGCGGGGACAGGCUCCCCGGGGGCCCAGCGCGGCCAGAGUCUCUAGAGCCCGGGCCAGGCCGGCCUGGACGGCUGGGGGUCCGGGCCAAGGCCCCGUGGGCCGGCGGGCGUGGCUGGGCUCCGCCCUGGUGAGGCUCCAGGGGAGGCCGUCCCUGUCUGCCACCCGACCCGGCCCUCCUUGCCCACGCGAGGGUUGUCGGGCAACGUGGGCGGACAGGCGGUUCUGCACCUCCCUCAAGCACUCGCAGACGCGGAGUGGAGGCAGGAGGCGGCUGGCCGGGGCAGCGCGCACGGGGUCUGAAGAGCCUGGCCUGGCGGGUGGCCACGCUGAAUCCGGCCGUUUGGUCCUGACACAGCUGCCGCCAGCCCCAGCCGUCACCCUGCUCUACGGGCACCAGCGAGAGGGAGAGGUGCAGGCCGGCCGCGGCCACAGCCUGGGAGAGAGGGCCGCGCCUUCUGACUGGGAGCCAGGAAGGACGAGCGUGGGAGCCCCACUUCUCAAACUCACGGGGUGCUUCGGAAACGGGGUGUGCACGCCCCACGUCCACUCCUGGAGGUGGGACGCUGAGGGACGUGAGAGCUUCGCACGCACGCAGUGGCAGCAGGCUCGCUGGGAGACUGGGCACUGGCUCCUGCUGGACACCAUCUACACGCCUGGAGGCCUCACGCCCGCGACCCUUGGUCACCUCCCAGCAGCCACCGUGGGCUCUGCAUCUUGGGGGCCGACCAGCGGUUUCCCCAGAGAGCGACCUGCGCCGGACGCUGUCGCCAGCUGCGCCAAGUGCGCUCCUCGCUGGGAACGUGGGCCUGCCCUUCCCGUGCAUGUCUGCCCGUGGCCGGUCCCCCCUCGCUGCCCAGCGGGGACCCUGCCUGUGAGCCGUGCCCGCCCGUCAUGGAUGGGGACUCGCGACAGAAUAAGAUGGACUGCUGGCACCGUGACACCGACCCCGGGGACACGCAGCGCGCAGCCCCCGGGUUUCGAUGAUCAGAGUGGACAGACACAAAUCUCUGCGUCAUUCCCCGAAGCUGCUGGCCCUCGAACUCGCUGCUUGGGGGCUGGCCCGGGGCACCUGGGGGACCCCCAGCUCCUUCCCGUCACCAGCCUCCCCUCCGCCCUCUCCCGCGGGUCCUGGACCAGCCCUGUCUCUCGGGUUUGGACGGUCUGGACAGCCGCGGGUCUGGCCCUCAGGUUGAAGGUCCUCGGGUGGCCCAGCUGGGUGCCCUGCACUCAGGCCUGGGAUGGUGUCUGGGUGAGGCCGGCCAGGCUCCCAUGGGGCUGAGCGGAGCCCGAGGCGACUUCCAGAGAGGCCGCGCCAGCU